UCCUCGAUCGAUCAACAUAAAAGCAGCCACGGAGAUCUUGUGAACCACAACUUUGGAAACGGAGCAAAGUUCUGCGAAGAUAGUCGGGAGGGAUCAACCAACAGAUGAAUGCCAUGAAAGAAAAACCUUUAGCUUUGGAGACCAAGCUGAAGGCUGUUCCUGUUUCUCCUCAUUUCACCAAAGACGGAAAGACGACAAGCUUCCGAACUGAGAUGGAACCACAUGUGGUGAAAUGGAAAUUAUUUGCUGUCAGUGUGCUGUUUCUCGCACUCUACCCCGCCCAUGCUGCUGGUGUCUGGCAGAAUGAAAGUCUGGCUGACUGUCUGGAGGACAAUGACUAUGAUGAGCUUCUGCACAUAGUGGAAACCGGUCUCCCUCCCCCAAACACAACUCAUCAUGUGGUUAUCGUCGGAGCUGGCAUGGCUGGACUGACAGCUGCCAAGCUCCUGAAAGACGCAGGACACAAGGUGACCAUAUUAGAGGCUAGUGGUCGUGUUGGAGGACGAGUGGAGACCUACAGGAAUGAAGAAGAAGGCUGGUAUGCUGACCUGGGAGCCAUGAGGAUCCCAAGUUCUCACCAUAUCGUUCACUCGUUUGCUAAAACGCUGAACGUCAAGCUGAAUAAAUUCAUCAUGGAUGACCCCAACACCUUUUACUUGGUUAAUGGGUUCCUGGAAAAGACGGACACAGUGAAAAACAACCCAAACAUCUUCAAUUACACCGUGUGGGAAAGUGAGAAAGGGAAAUCAGCCGGCGAGCUGCUACAACGAGCUUUGCUGAAGGUCAAACAUGAUGUGGAAAACCAUGGUUGCAGGGCUGCACUGAUGAAAUACGAUCAUUAUUCUGUGAAGGACUUUCUGAGAGACCAAGGAUGUCGGAGUUCAGAAGCAGUGAGGAUGAUUGGAGACCUGCUUAAUGAACAGAGCCUCAUGUACACUGCGGUGACUGAGAUGAUCUAUGAACAGGCUGUCAUCAAUGAUGACAUAAAGUACACAGAAGUGACUGGUGGGUCGGACCUUCUCCCCAAAGCUUUUCAGAAUGUCCUCAAUGACCUCAAAGUCCCUAUACUCCUCAACUCUACGGUCAAACGCAUCAAACAGUCAGAUAAAGGUGUAACAGUUUCGUAUGACACAGGACAAGAGUUGCUGAAGCUUUCUGCCAACAUCGUUCUGGUAACAACCACAACCAAAGCAGCCCUUUACAUGGACUUUGUUCCAGCUCUCUCCGUUAACAAGAUGGAGGCACUGAGGUCAACCCACUAUGACAGCUCCACUAAAAUCUUCCUCACCUUCAGUGAGAGGUUCUGGGAAAAGGACGGCAUCCGAGGGGGAAAGAGCAUCACUGACGGGCCCUCGCGUUACAUCUACUACCCCAGCCACGGUUUCAAAAAUAAGACCAUCGGUGUCCUCCUGGCUUCCUACACCUGGUCUGAUGACUCCCUCCUCUUCUUAGGUGCGAGCGAUGAAGACCUGAAAGAAAUGGCUCUGAGAGAUUUGGCAAAGAUCCACAUUCACACGGAUGUCAGGUCUCUCUGCAGAGGGGUGUUGGUGAAGAAGUGGAGCAUGGAUCCUUAUAGCUUCGGUGCCUUCGCUCUCUUCACACCCUACCAACAUUUAGAGUAUGCUAAAGAACUCUUCAGAAGUGAAGGCAGGGUGCACUUUGCUGGUGAGCACACAGCCUUCCCUCACGCUUGGAUGGAUACAGCUAUGAAAUCUGCAAUCAGGGCUGCUAAGAAUAUUAACAAAGAUUCAGCUAGAACUCAGCAUGACGAGCUCUAAGGUUUUAAAUCUACUUUCUAGGGAAAAUCUGUUUAAUAGCAGUAAUGAAAAUGUUUCGGGGGAAAUAUUGAGAAACAUUACAAAGAAGUGUUGCACUUUUGCUUGGUUUUUGUAUCCUUAGGAGUGAGGCUCCUCAUAAUUAUCUUCAUUUUCACAACUGACCAUCAUAAGACAAUUAACAUAACUUUAUGUGCUGCAUAUGUAAGGGUCUUUAACAUUUUCACAAGUCAUUCAUGUCAGUAUACAAAGACUGGCAAAACACAGAGACAAAUGCAAAUAAACAUAAUCUUCAAAAACCAAACAACAACAAUCUGCUCCCAUUAAGACAUCUUUUAUUACAGUGAUUGGAUAAAGUAAUGAUCCAUGACAAUGAACAGCAUUGUUAAAUAGUAAAUACAGAGAGAGAAAGAGAGAGUGUAAGAAACUAAUUCACAAUACAACAUAACUAAAAAGCUCAGUUCAUAUAACAAAGAACAGUCAAAUUCAAUAUCGUGAACAGGUUCAUUUGUGCUCUUAUAUAAGUUAGGCUUUCUUCACUUUGAAUUUAUAAUGUGUGCUUGUGAAUAUGAUAUUUGGUCAGCCCAAAUCUGUGGUUGAUGCUCUAAUGACUUAUUUCACAUUCUUAAAUGAGUCGUUUGAUUUUAUUCAGAUAUGUCCUCUCAAAUGUGUGACUUGUUAACUCAAAUCAUUAGUCUAUGAUCAUCACUUACUCAAUUCAUAUUAUCAUCAUUAAUUCAUGCACAGAAAUGAGUCACUGUUAUCCUUGUCUUCUCAAUACUUUUUUCUGCACGUUCAGCAAUUGUAUCCAGCUUUGGUUGCUAUUAGUUGGGUUCAAAUAUACAGUUUAAGUUGUCAGGCAAUUGAUCUAAAUGAGCUAAUUCUGUUUAAUAUGUUUUAAUUACAUAAAAGGUACAUGUGGAUGUACUAAAGAUUUGGAUUCUUAAAAAAUAUUGUUUUAUUUUUGACAUAUUGUGUAUAUGUGUACAUGUAUAUCUACAUAUAUGUAUAAUAAAUGUGUUAAAAAUAAGUUGGGAGCAUGAGUCAUUAAACUCAAUGGUUGAAUUAAUUUAGCACAGUUCAUUUGUGUACAACACUCAAUAUUGCUAAUUUGUGUGUAUGAAUGAGAAUCAAAUGUAACCUCUUUGUGUGAGUUGCAUCCAAUUCUUUGAGGGAAGCUGCUUCAAAACCCAGUAAUGAACCAAAAUGAUCCCAAUAAAACUGAUUUAUAU